AUGGUUUAUGUGGAGCUUUUCUGUGCUGAGCUUUUCUGUGCGGAGUUUCUUUGUGCGAUGGUAUUGGCAAGGCUCCGCCAAGUUUGGUUUCCAUUCAUUUCCGCUCCCCUAUUGCCGCCAAGCCGCCAAGCAAAUCCCAACCGGGGCAAGCACGCCCUUGCACAUCCCUCCCCUUGGCCAAAUCAUCGAAACACAACGCCCAAACAUUCUUUCCCUACAAGCAAGGGGGAAGAAAAAAGGCACAACCACCACCACAACUAUCGCAACCACAAUUACUCACCUACUUAG